AUGGCGGAUGAGAAAGAACCAUCGGCUGCUGUUCUAAGACAAGAGGAAGAAGAUUUCAUGUUUUUGAUGGAACGAAUCGCCACCACAAUUCUGAGUCUUAGUUUGUGUUACGAGACAGCUGGGGUAUGGUGGCGCUUCUCUCUCAUUCUUGCCUGCACUCUCUGCAUUGUUAUCACUCAUUGGUUGGAAAGGAAGACAUGGGCACGCCAUGAUAAGUUGCCUACACCUGUACCCGAGGAAGGAUCGGAAUCGGAAGAAACAAUGUCACCCAAAAAAAAAGAUGCUAAGAAAUUGUGGUAUGAACAAGUUGCGACUACCUUGUUGUUGAUGUUUGUUUGGCGUUUGGAAGUCGGAAAGACCUCAUUGGCUAUCCUCACUCUUAUUUUUGCGAUCGUUGACUUCGUUCCCUUCGUAAUGUAUUUUCACGACCUCUUCUUAGAGGAGUAUGAGGAGGAUACUCAUGGACUGGAUGAGAAGGAGGAGGACAGUAAGGAGGAGAGUGCUCCAUGUGAUUCAGUGGAGGAAGUAGCGAAAGAAAGCGAUGAAACAAACGAGGAUUUUCAAAACGACAGUUUGGGAAAGAAUUUUGACACAUUGAAAAUCAAACAUGAUCAAACAGGGAGAGAGAUAGAUGGACUAAUAAAUGCUCAGUUUGAGUGUUGGAAAGCAUAUCCGAGAAAGGAAGCAGAAUGGAAAAGAAAAUUGGAGGAAGCGAUGGAUGAACACAAAGACAAUCAGCUGAAGUGGGAAGAAGAGAGAAAGAGUCUUGUUGUUCAACUUGGAGCCACAGCAGAAUCAUCCAAAGCCUACCAUGAUCUUUCACAAGACUAUGAAGAAAAUCGUCGAAAAUGGGAAGAAGAGAAGAACAAUUUGGUUGCAAAGAUCUGUGCUGCAAAUGCAUCAGCUGAACUCUACCAAGGCCUUCUGAAUGACUUAGGUUAUUAG